GCGUAGAAGAAGAAGAAGCUCCGUUUGUAGCGGCAAUGAAAGGACAGCGUGUUACUUCCAAUUCAAGCAAAACAUAAGUAAAGUCUUCAUUAGCGGUUAUAACUUUCUGAUUCCACGCAAAUACAACUCAAGAGUAAGAAGAGGCCAUUAGGACUGCGCCGGAAAGAUGUCUUUGGUUUGUGCAAUUUCCAACGAGGUGCCGGAGCACCCGUGCGUCUCUCCGGUGUCCAACCAGGUGUUUGAGCGCAGGCUGAUCGAGAAGUACAUCGCAGAGAAUGGGACGGACCCGAUGAACGGACAGCCGCUGUCCGAGGAGCAGCUGGUAGAUAUCAAAGUGUCCCAUCCUAUUAGACCAAAGGCACCAUCUGCAACAAGCAUUCCGGCCAUUCUCAAGUCCCUUCAAGAUGAGUGGGAUGCUGUUAUGCUUCAUAGCUUCACCUUGCGGCAGCAGCUGCAGACAACUCGCCAAGAACUGUCACACGCCCUGUAUCAACAUGAUGCGGCCUGCAGAGUCAUUGCUCGACUCACCAAAGAGGUCACCGCUGCAAGAGAGGCUCUGGCCACUCUUAAACCCCAAGCUGGAUUGGUCGCCCCUCAGGCAGUCCCUGCCUCUCAGCCUACUGCAGCAGGUGCUGGUGGAGAGCCGAUGGAGCUUAGCGAACAGGUGGGAAUGACUCCAGAGAUCAUUCAGAAGCUCCAAGACAAAGCCACCAUUCUCACUACGGAGAGAAAGAAGAGAGGAAAAACUGUCCCAGAAGAGCUGGUUAGAGCUGAGGAUCUCAGCAAAUAUCGCCAGGUGGCCUCACACGCUGGUCUCCAUAGUGCCAGUGUUCCUGGUAUUUUGGCUCUGGAUCUGUGUCCCUCUGACACCAACAAAGUGCUUACUGGUGGAGCUGAUAAGAACGUGGUGGUGUUUGACAAGAACGAGGAGCAGAUUGUGGCCACGCUUAAGGGCCACACUAAGAAAGUCACCUCUGUCAUCUACCAUCCUUCUCAGUCUGUGGUGUUCUCUGCAUCUCCAGACACCACCAUCCGCGUGUGGUCUGUCACAGCAGGGAACUGUGUGCAGGUGGUGCGCGCCCACGAGGCGGGAGUCACUGGGCUCUCCCUCCAUGCCACCGGGGAUUACCUGCUCAGCUCCUCUGAGGAUCAGUACUGGGCCUUUUCUGAUAUCCAGACUGGCAGAGUCCUCACCAAGGUUACUGAUGAAAGUGCUGGCUGUGCUCUCACCUGCGCCCAGUUCCAUCCUGACGGUCUCAUUUUUGGCACCGGCACGGCCGACUCUCAGAUCAAGAUCUGGGAUCUGAAGGAGCGUACCAACGUGGCCAACUUUCCCGGCCACUCUGGACCCGUCACCUCCAUCGCUUUCUCUGAGAAUGGAUACUAUCUGGCCACAGGCGCCCAGGAUAGCUCUCUGAAACUGUGGGAUUUGAGGAAGCUGAAGAACUUCAAGACCAUCACACUGGACAACAACUAUGAGGUGAAGUCCCUUGUGUUUGAUCAGAGCGGUACUUACCUCGCUGUCGGAGGCUCUGACAUCCGCGUUUACAUCUGCAAGCAGUGGUCUGAGGUCCUCAACUUCACAGAUCACUCAGGAUUGGUGACUGGAGUGGCCUUUGGAGAAAAUGCUCAGUUCCUGACCUCUGCGGGAAUGGACAGAAGCCUCAAAUUUUAUAGUAUGUAAGAGAGGAUGAUGCAGCCUCUGUCCUGGACGCAGUCAGUUUUAGA